CAGAGUUAUGUAUGUUUUUCCGCCUUGGGUACCAAUUCUAGCUAGCCCCAACUUCCGCUCCCGCCUUGCGGCAAUCAUCAUCACCUUACAGAAUCCCGUCAUCAUGGUACCCCAAGCGACCACGCUGGAAGACUUGACAUUCCUCCACGAGCAAUAUGACGAGGAAACCGGCAAAUAAAUCUCACACAACCUUCGCACUUUUCGACAAAGAUGACAUCGCCUACUUCGGCAAUUUGAAUAUUCCCAAAUGCGAUAUCAAUCUUGAGCAAAUCGCAUUUGCCCUCACUCCCGUCCCUGAUGAGGAUAUCUUCCCAGAGUGGACAUGCUCUGGCGAGGGGCUCACCAGAGCCCCGGAAACGCUACCAUCCAACAUCUACGUUAAACGUCCAAACAUGAGUCUAUAUGAUGUCUUCCAAAAACAUAACGUCCUCAAGCUAAUCCCCAAAGGCCUACUGGAGGAGGCCAAAGCGAUGGAGAUGCUCUCUCAGCACCCACACCCCCACAUUAUCCGCUACCACGGCUGCUACGUUCGCCGAGGCCGCAUCGUCGGCCUCAUCCUCGAUCGACACCCUUGUACGUUGGCCGACUACCUGAGAAACAAGGCCGGAUCCGUGGAUAAGGAGCGAUUCAUGAAAGCCCUCGAAUCGGCCAUCGGCCACCUGCACUCGCUUAACUGGGCUCACAACGAUCUCAACCCAAGCAACAUCCUAGUUAACGAGGCGGGUAUGCCGGUGCUGAUCGAUUUUGGGUCUGCACAAGAGAUUGGCGCGGCACUAGGGAGUAGCCGGGGGACUCAGGGGUGGAUUGACGGAGAGAUGAAGGAUUACGACACAUCGGACAGUGGCCACGACUUGUUCGCUCUGGAGAAGAUUCGGGCGUGGUUCGACUCACCGACAUUUGAUGAUUAGAAUGUACCUACGGAUAGGUACAUGCAAUGGCAACCCCACCACCUUUCAGCUAGAAAAGGCAGCCUCGAGGUCCGAGGCAGCUUUAUCUGUAACCUCGAAGCGAAGCCAUUCUUCACCUCAGUAUUCUAGCUCCUUGGUCGUUGCCAUGGACGAGACA